CGUAAUGCUUGCUCAGGUAAUAAAUUAUAAUUUGUUUGCGGGAGCUCUCGCCUCAUCAAAUCGAUAGGUUAUUUUCCCUGCGGGAGCAGUGAAAGAUCGGUUGUGUUACUGGCAAUUAAUAACACUGAUAAGGAGAAAUAAACGCGUAAAGACGAGCUGCGAUUACUUUGGGUGACAAAUGAGACAUUCAGCUAAAGUAGUAUUGGCGAGACUUUUACAUUUGAAAUUGUCCUAAAGAUAGUACUUGCCAGCAGAAAGCUACACAAGAUGUCCACAGAGCCUGCCAGCCUGGCUGAUCUCCGUGUGCUGCACCAGAGUGAUGACUUCAUCGUUGUGGACAAACACUGGGACAUUCGCAUCGACAGCAAGAUGUGGUAUGAGAAGCAGACCGUGCAGGCACAGCUUCAGCACCACUUCCCUCAUCUGGCAGACCCCAGCACCUACUAUGGAUUCAGGUUCUGUCACCAGUUAGAUUUCUCCACCAGUGGAGCCCUUUGUGUUGCCCUAAAUAAGGCUGCUGCAGGCUCGGCUUUUCGCUGCUUCAAGGACCGGACUGUCACCAAAGCCUACCUGUCUCUGGUCCGUGGGUGGGUUGAAGAGGAGACACAAACUCUGGAUUUCUCCAUUGGCAAGAACUCCACUGAAGGAAAAACACACAUGAUGUGCAUUGAGGGAACAGAAGGUUGUGAGAAUCCAAAGCCUUGCCAAACUGAGCUCACAGUGUUAGAGUAUGGGUUAUAUGACGGGGAUCCAGUCACCAAAGUGCUACUGCAGCCACUGACUGGCCGAACGCACCAACUGAGAGUCCACUGCACUGCUAUCAAACACCCAAUCGUUGGGGACUUCACGUACAGCCUGGGAGCAGAUGACUCUCCAUAUCGAAUGAUGCUGCACGCCUACCUCCUUCACAUUCCCUUGGAACCCCAGCCCCUACUUGUGACCACCAGGGACCCCUUCGUCCCUGCGGUGGAUCCUAAGUGGCUCCCGCAGCGCUCACUACGGACACUGGCAGCCACUGUGGAGGAUGUGUUGGAGCGCAGGAAGGCUGAAGAAGAGGAGAGAAAUAGAGUGACAAGAGAAGAGAAAAGAAGAAAACAAAGAAAGGAACGGAGGACUGAGGAGAGCGAGGAGCAGAGGAGGGCUUGUCAGGACUGGUUGAGUGAGUGGGCUGGAGACUGAUGCUUUUCUCUUUUUUUUCAAAGCAGUUUCCACAUAAAAAGCCUGUUGAGCAUGCCCACACUUUCAGAGGGACUUAGAUUACAUAUAUGUACAAGACCAUGGUUAUGUGUCUUUAAUUCCCUCACAUUGUACUUAAAUUGUGACAUGGCAUGUGUGAGGAUAUUUUGUGCCGCUCUUGAAUGGUACACAACUGUAAUCUUCUCUACAGUACACCCACUGUUACUUAGCAACUCCACUGCAGCAGAGGCAAAGGUGCAUUGUUCACGGUCCCGUUAAUGAGUUCCUCUUUGUCCCAAGUGUAAGAGCUUUUAAUGAGCAACUUUUUAAAACGCUCAAUUGAACCAAUUAAAACAUGUUUUUACUCUGAUCCUGUGCAGAUAAUUUUAAUUGAAUGUGCCAAAGUGAAAAGAAUCACGUGGGCUUUGUCAAGGUCAGUGUCUGUGGUUGUCGUCAUGUAUUGCACUGACAUAUAUGACAUAUCUGAAAUCUCAUGUAAAGUCAUACUGUAUGUUUUUCUGCUGUCAUGCAUCUACUAAACAUUAUUC